AUGGCUGAGACUCCUGAACAACUUGCUGCUAGGUUAAGAGCUCUUGAGCAAAUGAACCAGAACCUUGGAAUGUUGUUGCAAAACCAGCUGAAUAACAACAACAACCAUAACAAAAAUGACAAUGACCAUCAAGCUGCUAUGGCUAAGAAACUUGCUGCAUUGAAACUUCCACUAUUCAUGGGGAAGGAAGAUCCCAUGUUGGUUGAGAACUGGGUACGUGAAUUUGAAAAUAUUUUUACUGCUGCUGGUACCCCUGAUGCUCAGAAGGUGGAUCAAGCCACAUUCUAUUUACGUGAGGCUGCUGAAAUUUGGUGGGAAAAUGAAGGAGCCACUAUAAGAGCUCAACAAAAUUUUAACUGGGAAGCUUUUAAGAAAGCAAUCAGGGAUCAUUUCUUUCCUGAACACAUUAAGAGACAGAAGUACAGUGAGUUUAGUAGGUUUAACCAAACAGCUGGUAUGAGUGUGCAGGAGUAUGCUGAGAAAUUUAAUGAGUAUGCUAGGUUUUGUCCCAAUUUAGUGCCUGAUGAGAUAUCCAAGGCUCAGAAGUUUGAAGAUGGAUUGACUUUUAAGAUCCAAAAGAAGGAGGUUAAGGAUAGACAUAAUAGGAAAGGAAAUGGCGAGAGUUCAUCGAACCCUCAAGGUUAUGACAAGAGACCACGCCUCGGGGGUAAUAGCAAUGGGAAUGUUGGAAAUGGUCAUCAAGGAGGCCAUAACAACAACAAUCGAAGCAAUAACCACCGGGUCCAGGGACAACAGAAUCAGCAAGGAUCUCGCAAUCGACCAUGCCGUGAAUGUGACAAGAGCCAUCCAAGACGCAACUGCAAUGGAGAUUUGCUUACUUUCUUUGAAUGUGGGGAGGUUGGUCACAAGAAAUUUGAGUGCCCAAAGAAGAAGAAUGGUAAUAAUCAAGCUCAGAAUGGGCAAGGCAAAAACAAUGGCAAUAAUGGAGGUGGUUAUGGGAGGAACUCAAACUACAGCAACCGUUUUAACAACAACAAUUCUCAGGGCCAAAAUGACAAUGCUCAAGGAGGGAAUUGCCAGAACAACAACAAUAGCGGAGGAAGCAACCACAAUGGCAAUGGUAGGACCAGUAAUGGAAGAAUCUAUGUCAUGAACCAGAGCGAGAUUGACUCUAAUGUCAACGUUGUGACGGGUACUUUUCUCGUGAACUCAAAAUCUGCUUACUUACUUUUUUAUUCUGGGACAUCUCAUUCUUUUAUAGCCACUUCUUUCGUGAAUAAACAUGCUUUAAAACCUUCAUCUUUGUGUCAAACCAAUAUAACAAUUCCUUCAGGGGAGGUAGUUCCUUGUAGAUCCCUAUACCAAGACAUUCUAGUUAACAUUGCUGGAACUGAGUUGCUUGCAAACCUUAUUCAGUUUGACUUAACUGACUUUGAUGUGAUAUUGGGGAUGGAUUGA